AUGUCGCUAGUAUAUUUAGCCGAACAAAAUACAUCGCGGCAUGCAAAGGAGGUUGAACUCGGUGCUGGUAUCACAGCUCAGUGGGUAAAUGAAUUUGGCACAGUGAAAAUUCGUCUAACCGAUACGCCCGGUUAUGAUGCUGAAGGGGCUGUAUCUCCAGACGGACGACACAUCGUAUUCACAUCUGUGCGAAGUGGGGAUCCGGAAAUCUGGAUCAUGAAUUCGGACGGCAGCGAGCCCAGACAGCUAACAAACGAAACUGGUUAUGAUGGUGGCCCAUUCUUUAGCCCUGAUGGAACAAAAAUAGUCUUCCGUGCAUCCAGACCAAAAACUGAUGCAGAAAUCAAGAAAUACAAGGAUUUGCUAAGCUACAAUUUAGUUUCGCCACUGCAAAUGGAGCUUUAUACUGUCAAUAUCGACGGUUCGGGGCUGAAAAAGAUAACGUCGCUCGGCGGCUCCAACUGGGCUCCAUUUUACAUGCCCGACAAUCGGCGUAUCAUUUUCAGUUCAAAUUUCAAUGAUACCGGAUUUUUCGGUGCUUUCCAUUUGUACAUUGUUGACGAAAAUGGAGAAAAUCUUGAACGAGUUACGGUGAGAGCGCAAAGAUUGGGCGCCGCACGAUGUCCAUCUUAUUUUAUAGCCAAUAAUGAUACUUAUACGGUAUAUGCAAGCGAUUUUCUAAGUGUUAAUCGUUCCUUGUUGAAAACCUGUCCACGAAGAGCUUGUGACGAUAAAUGGCUUAAGGACAUUUGUAAACAAACGCGUAUCCAUGACCUCUAUCCGGACUUCGAUCUCUUUCAAGUGAAUAAAUUCGGCAAUUUUAUACGACGCCUAACGGACAAUCCAGGUUAUGAUGGCGAUGCUAGUGUCUCAUCGGAUGGCAAACGUAUUGUAUUUACGUCGACGAGGAAUGGCGACGCCGACUUGUGGAUUAUGAAUAUUGAUGGAACAGACUUAAAACAGCUGACAAAUACUCUUGGUUAUGAAGGGGGCGCCAAAUUUAGUCCAGAUGGGAAGUUCAUUGUUUUCCAUGCUUCACGACCCACUUCAGAAACGGAACGUUCCCGAUACAAAUGGCUGUUACGAAGGCAAGAAUCACCGCAAAACAUAAAAAAGCUUCAAAACACAUCAGCGGCUGAAGCCUUUACGGCGGCGGAUGAUGCACUGUGGUGCCUAAAUUAUCCUUUGGUUAUCUUGAACUUGCUUUACAGUUUCAAUGCUGUUGAACUGAGAAAUAUGCAAAUUUUCAUAAUGCGUGCUGAUGGCAGCGAUGUGAAGGCAAUAACUAAAGCGGGAAUCAAUGACAAUCAUCUCUGGCCGUCGUUCCUCACCAAUCAACGAAUUUUGUUCGUAUUCUCGCAAGGAAAUUCAAACUGUGCUGGCGCUUUUAAUAUUUUCGUUAUGAACGUCGAUGGGAGCCACGCAGAGCGGGUAUUUGUUAUUGUCUUCGAUUCACGAAUAAACCUCUAG